CCGGCAUCCGGAGGAGCCCGGCACGCCCGUGCUCGCGGCGAGGGGCGCGCAGGCGUCGCAGGCGUGGCCCGGUGCUCUCGGCAGGGUGGCCGGCGGGGCGAAGUCGGCGGCCUCGUGGGCCCGCGAGAAGCACGAGCUCGAGAUGAACAAGGUGAGCUUCGCGCAGACCAUCAAGCGCCAGAAGGAGGUUGAGCAGAGCGUGGAGUCCCUGCUGGCGAGUCCCCGCGGCGUCCCCGCUGCGUGCUGCGUGGGCAGGGGAGCGGGGAAGCAAGUGGUGCGCCGCCUUCAGUGGGGUCGCACCUCUGCCCGUGCACAGCGGCGGCGCGGGGGCAAAGGCCAGCCCAUGGCCCCAAAGGGCUCCAAGGGCGCCAGCCAGAAGGAGCCCGCCGACGACGACGACGAGGACGGGGGCGCCGAGAACGACGGCGAGGGCCCGCCCACGUGCCACGAGGCGGACGUGAUCUGCCAGGUGCUGAAGCGGUUCGUCACGGAGCGGGACUUCCUGGCCUAUCCCAACAAGCACGUGAAGGGCGAUAGCGCCUCGACGAACAAGGAUGCCAUUGUGAAGAACAUGAAGAUGAUAUCGGCGAUCCUCAGUGAGGUUCACCCUUCGGCGUGCCUCGGGAAGCUGGCCACUAUCAUGGCGCUGGCGACGAUCGCUGCAGAACAUCGCGACAGUUGGAAGCUCAACCCCAAAGCAAAAUCUGUUUGGGCUACCGAGUACAGCGGGCGCGUGCGGACGAUGUGCCAGCACGUGCACAAGGUCCUCGGCCGCGCGAAGGUGCCGAAGUGGUUCCAGGCGGCUGCAGCGGCAUGGAUUUUCAGGAUCGACGAGCAUAAGAACAAAGCAUAUCGGCUCCCGAUCAGCAGACCGAAGGCCUUGGCGGAGUACGCCGAAACCCAGAGCGAGCCUGACAAGAACAACAAGGUCACUGUCACGUGGUCCGACGGGUGCUCGUGGGUACAUGAUGCCUCCCAUCACGCCUGA